UUGACUGUUCUCUCCCUUGUACGUCGCUUUGGACAAAAGCGUCUGCUAAAUGACUAAAUGUAAAUGUAAAUGUAAUGCUCAUUUUGAGUUUCGUUUCUCUGGAAAUCACCGCCUACCAGUUAUAAAUACCAAAUUAGGCAUUUUGAGUUUCAUCUGACACACGAAGGAACAAACAACUAUGGGACUUUUGACUUUUGUGGCCGCAGCGGCGGGAGCAACGGGGGCGGUGGUCGCCGCACCGUUUGUGCUGACUGCAGUAGGCUUCACUGCAGGCGGGAUAGCUGCGGGAUCCAUAGCCUCCGGCAUGAUGUCCGCCGCAGCAGUGGCUAACGGAGGAGCUGUGGCAACCGGUAGUUUGGUGGCUUUGGGGCAGGCAGCAGGUGCAGCCGGUCUGUCUGCAGGAGCCACAGCAGCGGUUGCGACGACGGGGGGGGCAGUGGGCUGGCUUACUGCAGCUGCAGUCGCUCUUAUCUAGAAAGGCAUCAUCUGCUCUCCGUGGAGAAGACCGGGCCGACAACCAUCAGGAGUUUAUUUGACCUUGUCUCUUAUUUAAUCCGAAUACCAAAACUGGUAUACCUGCAGUUGCAUAGCUAAAUGCUACAAUACCCAAUAAAGAAAUAUCAAAUGAAAGACUUAAGCUCAAA